AGUCGUCCAUGGAAGCCGUAGCAGCUAGCAGCUGUAGCACCGCGGCAACACUGUGAGCACCAUUUGAGGGGCUGAUCUCAAACGAAGGUCUCUGUCACGGGGAGUUCAACCCAAGUCCCAACCGGCGCCCUCAAUGCGUGCGACGCUCUUUGGUGCGGGAACCGCACUGGCCGGGUAGCCUUUGCGCAUGAGGUUGGCGAGGCCUCUCAGAUCCCUGAGAAGUUCUUCACAGCGGUGGUUUGUGGCCAAUUCAAGGGUCGCGGACCUGGUGGCUUCCGUGGCGUCGCUGGGCGACGAUGAGGCUUGGGCCGGUUUCGAACAGCGUGCGCUGUCAUCUUGUGCACAGUGGAGAGGGGAGGAGAUGGUGAAGGUGCUGCAUGCCUGCACUCAGGCACAGCGCAAGCCCCGGCAUCUUCUGCACCGCUUAGCAAAGGAGAUUCUGGAGAAAUUACCACAGUUGGACUCUGUGGAGUUGUGCAUUUGCCUUCACAGCUUCGCGCAGCUUCGCUCCCGGCCACCUUCUCUCUUCCAGGUGGUGACCCGGCAGCUCCUUCGUCAGCGGGACUUGGAAGCAUCUCACUUGUCCUCCCUCCUCUACUCCCAUGUCCGGGUGCUCUACUUCGAUCCCGGCCUAGCGAGGCUAGUUGCGACUCGGAUUGCUGCCGAAGAAUGGCGUCUGGAGGACCUUGCAACCUCCUUGCAGGCCCUGGCAACAUUUGGUGGGUCCUUGCCCUCGCUAGGUGUGGAGCUACGCUUGAGCAGCACCUCGGCGCGGCGUGUGGCCAAUGAGAUGGAUCAGAUGCCGCUGCCAUUGCUGGGAGACUUGCUAGAGGCCUUUCUCCGCCUGGGCAUGCCUUGCCGGACUCUGCAAGAAGGCUUGGCGGCCCGUUGCUUGCAGCCUGAGUUGGCAGGCCUCACCAGCGACGUGCUUCUCAAGCUUCUGGGCUGUGUGCCCCUUGAAGCUCGAGCGGCGUGCGAAGCCCUUGGAGCAGAGCUGGCCGGGCACAUUGAGGAGUUGGAUCAUCCAAGACGGCUCGUGCAGGCUGUGGAGGCGAUGGCAAAAGUACGGCUGGCUGAGGAGAAGCUCUUGAAACCACUUGGCUCGCAGAUCAUUUAUUUCAUGGUCGACUUUAGUUCCAAAGAUGUUGCCAGAACGGCAAUGGCUUGCCAGAAGCUGAUGGUCCAAGAUGGCGCUGUCUUGGAAGCCCUCGUGCGGCAGGGUGUGCGGCGAGGCUUUCGCCUCAAGGCACCCCAAAUCGAGGCGGUGGUGGCGGCAUGUCAUGCGGCGGGCUUUGAGCAUCCCAUGCUGGUGGAGCUCCUGGAGGGCCUACAGCAGCAGAAGCAAAAGCAGUCCGAGAAGGAGCAGGCAGCUGCAGCAGCAGCAGCAGCUGCCCCACAAGAGGGUCAAUCAGAUUGGGACUCUGUGGAGGAGGCACCAAUGUUCUCGGAGCCCUUUGAGAGCGAGGAUUUGUCUGAAGACCAGACAGGCCCACGCAGUGGCCCACGCAAUCUCUCAGGAGGAGCCAGUCCAAGUUCAACAGCGGCUUCCGAGGCGCUUCACCAAGGGCGCUGGUUCCAGCGAACGUGGGAAGAGGCGGAGGAUGAAGCUACGAGGACUUCCCUCUUGGAGGAUAAGGAGAUUCGCAGAAUUCUGCACCAGGUCGACCGCACCGUCCUUCGACCUGCUGGACUCCGAAGCCGUUCGCUCGCCAUGAUUCGAAACCGCAGAAAAAGAGCGUGUCAAUAGGGCUGAUGCCAUUGAUAUUCUGCGUUGUUUGCACCCAUUCGGAUGGGCUGUGAGACGCUGGUAGUAAGUAC